AUGCCCCCCUCCUCAAUUUCGCGCGCUAUCACCUCCGACGGCAGCACCAAGCACUACUGCCGUCCUCCCCCGUCAUCCGCGCGCCCCUGCUUCCACGCGCGCCACCGGCGCCAGACCCUUCCCUCCUCACGGCGCAUCGCCGCCACCGUUCGUGACGACCCCGCCACCUGCGAUCGUCACCUGCGCGCACGCCCUUCGCGUUGCUCUCCGCGUCCCUGCCGUUCGCGACGCUCGCAGCGGCUCCUCCCCUCGACAUUGCGCGCUGCUGGUGCUGUCCGCGCUAGCCCCGUCACUGGCACCGCUUGCCCCCACUGGUCGCCUUCCGCGUCGACCCCCGCGACCGUCGCCCCCGCAUCCGCGACCGUCGCCCCCCCCCAUCCGCGACCGUCGCCCCCGCAUCCGCGACCGUCGCCCCCGCAUCCGCGACCGUCGCCUGCGCACCCGCGGCCGUCGCCCGCACUUCCGCUUCCGUACGACACGCGGCUGCCCGGGGCUGUCCCUCCUCCUGCUCCCCCGCGCCGCCGCCGAUCACGACGCCCUCGGCAACAAGAGCCUUCAUCCGCCACACAUUCCACACGUAAGACCUGUCCCCACUCGCACCUUCCCCUCCCUGUGGCUGCUCUCUCCCAUCCCGUCUCAUAUCCUCAUCCUUCCCUCCUCCUGUGGCUGCACCCUCCCUCCUCCUGUGGCUGCACCCUCCCACCCACCUCAUCUCCACGUUUUCUAUCUCUUACGCCCGCCCCCAUCCCUUCCUCCCCCUGUGGCU